AGAAAACAGGAAGUGAGCCAUCAGGGAGCCGGCCCGGGGCGUGGAGUCUCUUUUUCUCGGCGGGGAAUGAAUGAAUGGAUUCUGGCCGUUCGCCGGUGAGGCCGGACUCGGGCGCUGAGGCGUGAGUGGAAGGGCGAGCCGUGUGUCAUGGAAGACGACGCGCCGGUAAUCUACGGCCUGGAGUUUCAGGCACGCGCUCUAACACCUCAAACUGCAGAAACAGAUGCCAUUCGCUUCUUGGUUGGGACACAGUCUCUUAAAUAUGAUAAUCAGAUCCACAUCAUAGAUUUUGAUGAUGAAAAUAACAUUAUAAAUAAAAAUGUCCUCCUCCAUCAAGCUGGUGAGAUCUGGCACAUCAGUGCCAGCCCAGCAGAUAAAGGCGUGCUGGCCACCUGCUACAACAAAACUUCAGACAGUCGAGUCCAGGCGUGUGCAGCUGUGUGGAGGAUGCCCAAGGAAUUAGAAUCCGGUAGCCACGAGUCCCCGGACGACCCUGCAAGCACUGCGCAGACCCUGGAGUUGCUCUGUCACCUUGACAACGGGGCCCACGGCAACGUGGCCUGCGUCGUGUGGGAGCCGAUGGGGGAUGGGAAGAAGGUCAUUUCUCUGGCUGACAGCCACAUCCUGCUGUGGGACCUCCAGGCGAGCUCAAGCCAGGCUGUGCUGGCCAGCUCAGCAGCUCUGGAAGGAAGGGGGCAGCUAAGGUUCACUGCAGGGCGGUGGAGCCCACACCACAACUGUACCCAGGUGGCUACAGCAAGUGACACCACCCUGCGAGGAUGGGACACACGGAGCAUGAGCCAGAUAUACUGCAUAGAGAACGCUCACGGGCAGCUGGUGCGUGACCUCGACUUCAACCCCAACAAGCAGUAUUACCUCGCCAGCUGCGGAGAUGACUGCAAGGUGAAGUUCUGGGACACACGGAAUGUCACCGAGCCAGUGAAGACCCUGGAGGAGCACUCCCACUGGGUGUGGAGCAUCCGCUACAACCACUCUCACGACCAGCUGGUCCUCACUGGCAGCAGCGAUAGCAGAGUCAUCCUGUCCAAUAUGGUGUCUAUCUCCUCAGAGCCCUUCGGCCACCUGGUGGACGAUGAUGACGUCAGUGACCCGGAGGAGCACCAUGCUGAGAAGAGUAAGGAACCCCUGCAGGACAACGUCAUCGCCACCUAUGAGGAGCACGAGGACAGCGUGUAUGCUGUGGAUUGGGCUUCGGCUGACCCAUGGCUGUUUGCUUCCCUGAGUUAUGACGGGAGACUAGUUAUCAACAGAGUCCCCAGGGCGCUGAAGUACCACAUCCUGCUCUAGUCCCAGCACUGCUGGUUGACACUUGGCAGGUUCUCAGGUUCUGCAGCCAUGAGGCAGUUCCCUUUGCAGACUGCUGCCUCCUGGGUAAGCAACAUUGCUUCUGUAGGAGCUCUGAGGGACAUGGGAGCUUCUGCCAGAAGCUCGUCUGAAGCUGCCAGCACAGUGCCCAGCAUGGAAGGGAGCCAUGCUGGACGUUCCUAUGUUGCUGUGUGAAUUGACGGUAGCUCAAUCUUGACUCAGUUCCUGUUUUCUGUUCUAAGGGUGUUGGGAGUUUAACUCUUAAUGAGUACGUUUCCAUCGUGCUAUUCUCACUGAAAUAAAGUGCAUAGCGAUGCAUAUAGCCUCUUCCUUUCAGGCUCUGCCUCACUGAGGAUAUCACAUGGCUCUUUGUUUUCUCUAAAACAACUUGGAAUAGAUGAGUACAGUAGACAGGUGUGUCCUCCCCACAGCGCCAUCCCUCACCCGUGAACAGGUGUGUCCUCCCCACAGUGCUAUCCCUUACCCGUGGACAGGUGUGUCCUCCCCACAGCGCUGUCUCUCACCUGUGGACAGGUGUGUCCUCCCCACAAUGCCAUCCCUCACCCGUGGACAGGUGUGUCCUCCCCACAGUGCUGUCCCUCACCUGUGGACAGGUGUGUCCUCCCCAUAGCGCCAUCCCUCACCCGUGGAUAGGUGUGUUCUCCCCACAGCGCUGUCUUUGACCUGUGGACAGGUGUGCCAUCCCUCACCCGUGGACAGGUGUGCCCUCCCCACAUUGCCAUCCUUUAGGCAGAGCUCUUGUGGACUGUUGACUACAGGUGUAAAGGACGAGUACCCAGCCUUGGGACCCUGAGUUGUUGGUGGUUAUAGUAUCUUAGUUAGAAUCACCAUUGCCACGAUGAAACACCAUGACCAAAAAGCAAGUUGGGGAGGAAAAGGUUUACUUGGCUUAUACUUCCACAUCACUGUUCAUCAUUAAAGGAAAUCAGCAGGAGCUGAAGCAGAGGCCAUGGAGGGGUGCUGCUUACUGGCUCGCUGCUCAUGGCUUGCUCAGCCUGCUUUCUUAUAGAGCCCAGGACCACCAGUCCAGAGAUGGCACCACCCCCAGUGGACUGGGCUCCUCUCCAUUGAUACUAAUUGAGAAAAUGCCCUACAGCUGGAUCUUAUGGAGGCCUUUUCUUAAGUGAGGCUCCCUCCUCUCAGGUGACUUUGAAGUUGACAAGUUGACAUAGAACUGUCCCAACACAUACAGUGAAGUUGUCACUCAGCCUGUAGAACAUCCUUACUUCUGCUUGUAGAAUGAAACAGGCCAGCUAGCUCUUUGCUGGUCUCUGUCAUGUCGGAAGUUAGGAAUGGGUAGAGUGGCCGUGGUUGUCCGCAGAACAUUCCACCUUCAGUUUCACAGGGAGCCCUGGGCACUGCCAACCCACCCUCUUGUCUGUAGCUCUGUCUGUAGGUCUUGGGGCCUUGUCUUGUAGGUCUGACACAUGAUCACAUCUGAGAAGCCACCUCAGCAGUAGACAGGGUUGUUCCUGUAGAAACUGCUUCCCUACCCUGAUGCCCUACUCUUCCUAUCUGUCAGGAGAGGGGAUGAAGGAGGGGGAUGGCUCAUUCAGUUCCAAGGUCUGUCUAUCAGACCACAGCAUCACUUUGAACCCCUGACCUGGCCUCUGUGUACACCUGGAAAGUUUGAGUACUUGCUUUUCUCUGGAGGGCCCACAUUGCAAGCCUAACGGGUCACAUCCUGGACCUGGCUCUGCAUGCCUGGGCACAGGCAGAGCCGGAAGGUGUGUGUGGGCAUACUCACUGCCCUGCUGGGUGAUGUCACUUUCACUGCACCGUCUAUGAAUCUUUACAGUGCAGAACAAUUUGUCAAACCAGACACUUCCCUGCUGUGUCUUCGGCUCCCAAGUCUUGGCCUGGCUAUCUGGAUCCUCUU